CCCCACCGAUAUGGCGGAUAAGCAGUGAAGGGAAGGAUGUUGGUCGUCUUUUCUGAAUCGGAAAUUAUUGAUAGUAUCCAAUGGCAUAAUUCGGUAUUUUUUAAAAUUUAGUAUUGUAAAUAGUUUCGUGUACAUAUAGUUAUUAUAUUUGUGUCCCUUUUGUUUAGAAUCUGUGUGAAUAGUGUUUUUGUUUUGAGUGUUUACUUAAUUCAGUUUUUUUUGACGCCGAUAUUGUAUAUUUCGGAAUCUAGUUAAUACAGAAGUUAGCGAUCUGAAUUUAAAUGAUAAAAAUUGUUUAGCCUUUCUUUGUGUUUGGAUUCGUUAGUGAUACCAGAGGCGCCUACAAUAUUUUGGUUGGCCCUAUCGGCGGCUGUCAUCGUAGUUUCGAUUUUGCUAGCUGUCAUCCACAAAGACAAAAAGGCUGGCGUAUAAACGAUAAUCAAUGGUUACAAGUGCGAACUACUACGUUAUUGGUGUUCAGUGUUUAAUGAUCAUGUAAAUCGUCCAUUGUACCACUCACCGUAAUACACUUAAGGAAAUUUGACGAUUUUUCGGGAAGCGGUGAAUUUUACGAAAGCUUCGUGUUUACGGUUGCAAAAGAAAAAAGUGAAGCCAAACUGAAUGCUUGAGCCCCACGGUAGCCCAAUGAAGUGGCCGGGGUCGGGAGCGGAGGAAGAGUCUGGCGAAGCAGGAUUGCAAAGCGCGCGUACCGCGCAGGCCCGCUCCCAGUCCCAGGACGAUGCCGGCGUGCACUAUGUGUUCCAGCGUGAGCGUGACCGCGAACCCCACGACCCAGAACUGCCCUGUCUAGCUCCAAAGCAACGUUGGGCAGUAGGGGACGACGCAUGCCUAGAGAAUCAAGACAAGUGGAAGAAUGCCAUUCCUGUAGCCAUAAAUAACAUGCAUCAUCAAGCUCCAGUGCAGAUAAAAAAUUCUCAAACAAACCCGCAACAAUUUAUAAAUCAAGCUAUUGCUUCAUCCGUUGGGAAUAUGGCAAUGAAUCCGUCAGCUAUUGGGAGUCAUCCUCAGCACCUGACGUCUAACAUGGUUCACACCCAACUGGCUCCGCUGCAGAAUCAUAACAUGGGGAACAACUUAACUAUACAAAGCAAUGCCAUGAUGAUGCCACCCCUACAGGGCAUACAAAAUGCACCACAAUUGGGUCAACAAGCUCUGUACGACAUACAUCAACACCAUGGAAAUCCUAUGCAAGCCAUAAAUGGUAUGGGCAAAAGUGCAGAACACCUGAUGUAUUUAAGUCAGGCAGGCAUGCUAGCACCGGGCACAAAUCAAUUUUUACAAGGACAAAACCAACUGGGCAUGACUCCUGUUGCUGCCAUCCGAAAUCAGAUUGCACCUGCUGCAAAAAAACUAUGGGACAAGGGGCCCGGUGCUGGUGGAGACAGUAAGGGGCCACCGCAUCUUCCUCCUUUGCAACUAAAUCCUGAGCAAAUGUGGCGCGAUCCGACUUGGUCAGCUCAAGCCAUAGAACAUAAUGUUGGCGUACCGAUGAUUGGCACUCGUAGAGGUGUCGCAUUUCCAGGCGGCGAUGCUGGAAGCAUUUUAUCGCCACGUGAUACAGCUGGCCUUGGCGUUAAGAUGGUGGAAUACGUCUUGGGAGGAUCUCCUACAGAAGCUGGUGGAGCAACCGUUGGAGGAGGAGAAAAAGUGGCUGGCGUAGUUGCGGGACUGCGGGGCAUGGUAUUAGAAGAGAGACCCGAGGAUAAAUCUGCAUCACCAUUUGAAAAAGAUCUUCACGAAUUGCACGAGCAUGGUCCAUUACCCAAUGGUCUUCAUAAUGGACAAGAAGAUGAUAAGGCUUUCAAUCGCACUCCAGGUUCCCGGCAACCAUCUCCUGCAGAAGAGGAAGGCGGUGGAACAGGAGGAGGGGUUGUUGGUGGCGCCAUCCGCAAUGGAGACGCCGCCGCAUUCCCCCUACUGCCUCCGCACGCAAUGCCGGCGCCGGCUCCCGCACCCGCACAAUUACACCAUUUACCACAUUUAACUCACCCACAGCACCAUCCUGGGAUGUUGGGAGUAGCACCACUGCAGGGUUUGCCGCAUCCACAACAUCCUCAAAUUCACCCUGGUAUGACUCUGAAUGAUUCCAUGAAUCAGCACAUAGAGCUGGUGUUACAAAUGGAACAGCACCCUCAAUUUGACAACAACAGUUUUGCCAGCACGCAACAGUAUGGCGGCGGAGUUGGUGGAGUAGGCGGCGUCGGGAGCGUGGGUGGCGUUACUGGCGCAAGCGGCGGCGUCGCCGCGGGAGCGGCUCCGACUCUUGUCAACGGCGCCUCUGUCGUGCAGUCAGCGCCAGAUUCUUCUCAACAUCACCAACCUUUCGAUGUGCAGCAACUAUUCCGAUCGCAACAAGCAGCUGCAGCCGGUGGACAAGCAGCAGCAGCACAACUGCAGCUUUUACAACAGCAGCAGCAACAACAAUUUCAACUACAACAACAGCUAGCAGCGCAACAGGCUUUUACGCAGGCGCCUUAUGUUAUAAAUGCUGGGCAGGAAGGUGCGCCCUAUGUGAGCGCGUUAAUCGCCGGAGUACCCCCUUAUUACGGAGUGGCAGCUCCAUGGGGAGUUUAUCCAGGCCUAGUUGCCCAACCUGCCCAACAACAGGGUCAACAGCCACGCCGACCUCUGACGCCCCAACAAGGGGAGCAGCAAGUGAACGGACAAGGGCAAUACGUUAUCCCGUAUUAUGACCCUGGAUCCCUCGUCAUGGGUGGACGAAAUGGCACGCCGUUAAGACUCGUGUCACCAGGCGGUGUACUAGCGCCGCGACAGUAUCAACCGGCAUCUAGCCACCCAGCCGCUUCUGCGGCCCCGCCCGCAGGGGCACAACCCCAGCCACCACAGCAACAACCUGGCGGAGCAGGAGGCGCGCGUCGAGACUCCCUCGAGUUCGGCGGAGGCGGGCCGGCUGCCGCGCUACAGGAGUACGCCCGCAAAUGGGGCCCGUCUCCACUGUCGCCGCCGUUGGGCGCGGCGCUAGGGCCAGUCGGCCUUCGCCCCGUCUCUGCUGCACCCGGAGCAGAAACCGCCAAGUACAGAGCGGUAAGCAGUUUAGCACAGGGACUUACUUCAAAUGCCAUGUUUGGCUCUUCAUCAUCGCUGCUAAGCAAGCUUAGCGGAGUCGGCACUAUAUCAGAACUGGUCGGUGGCGGUGUUGGUGUGGGCGUUGGGGGUGUGGGUGGCGUGAGCGGCGUGGGAGUCGGCGGUGUGUCAGUGGGCGCUCUGGUUGCAGACAAGCCGCCUGCCGGCCGAUCUCGUCUUCUUGAAGACUUCCGAAACAAUCGCUUUCCUAAUUUGCAGUUACGGGAUCUCGCUAAUCACAUAGUGGAGUUCUCACAAGAUCAGCACGGUUCUAGAUUCAUCCAACAAAAAUUAGAAAGAGCAACAGUUCAAGAAAAACAGAUGGUAUUCAAUGAAAUCAUUGGAGCUGCCUACAGCCUCAUGACAGACGUUUUUGGAAAUUAUGUAAUACAAAAAUUCUUCGAGUUCGGGACAACAGAACAAAAAACGACUUUGGCACAAAAGGUGCGCGGACAUGUGUUAGCGCUGGCGCUGCAAAUGUACGGGUGCCGGGUGAUUCAGAAGGCGCUCGAGUCCAUCCCCGCCGAGCAGCAGCAGGAGGUCGUUCGUGAACUCGACGGACACGUUCUCAAAUGCGUCAAGGACCAGAAUGGAAACCAUGUUGUACAGAAGUGCAUCGAGUGCGUGGAGCCGACGGCGCUGCAGUUUAUCAUCAACGCGUUCUCAGGGCAGGUGUAUGCACUGUCUACGCACCCAUACGGCUGCCGAGUCAUCCAGCGCAUCCUCGAGCACUGCACGCCUGAGCAGACGGCUCCUGUGCUGUCGGAGCUGCACGCUCACACAGACCAGCUUAUCCAGGAUCAGUAUGGCAACUACGUGGUGCAACAUGUAUUAGAACACGGCGCGGCGGAGGACCGGUCCCGGCUGGUGGCGGCGGUGCGAGGCAAGGUGCUGCAGCUCUCGCAGCACAAGUUCGCCUCCAACGUCGUCGAGAAGUGCGUCACACACGCCACGCGCAACGAGCGCGCGCUCCUUAUUGACGAACUCUGCGGGUUCAAUGAUAAUGCACUUCACGUGAUGAUGAAGGACCAAUACGCCAACUACGUGGUACAGAAAAUGAUCGACGUAGCGGAACCCACACAGCGCAAGGUUCUAAUGCACAAGAUACGUCCACAUAUUGGUUCGCUGCGCAAGUAUACCUACGGAAAACACAUUAUUGCCAAAUUGGAGAAAUUCUUUAUGAAAGCGCCGGAGCUAGGACCUAUCGGCCCACCGCCGCCAAACCCUGUUCUGUAGUAUGUGUAAAGUAUUAAUGUCCGCGGGCUUGAGCUGAUGCGACGGCGCGGGUAUCCCCGCCUAUUAUAAAUUUUGUGAAUAUUGAGAUUGUACAUUUGUAACUAUGAGCUCGCCGCUUCGUCGUCCACCGUUCACCGGCAUAUCAUGCCGCCCGCUGCAACCCUCUCGUAGAAUAAGUAGCGGCAAACGACAGCCGCAUUAAAUCUGAUUAGGUAUUAAUAUAGUCGUGCACCGCGUCGUGUCUGUAUAUGGUAAGCUCGUGAAGUACCUAUAAUAAUUGUGUUAGUCGUAUUGUUGUGUUGUGAGAGGCGACGGCAACGGCCACGCACGGCACGGGCGGCUUCAGCGCAGACGUGAGGCCCCUCUGUACAUACCGUAGCAGACUGAUGUAAAGAAUGAUUCGAUUACUGUAACAAUAGUUGUACAGCGUUGACGCCGACACUGGUGCUCGGCCGUCGCGUCACUGUGGCGUACAUUUAUUGCGUUUCUAGCUCUUAAGUGUUCUAGUAUUAUUCGUUGUUCGUAUGAUCUAUGUAUAAAUAUUUGAACGUCUCUCAUUCUCGUGUAAUUUAUGAAUCGAAGGAAAACAGUGGUCACAAGGACCGAACAGUUUUCUAAAUUAGCUCGUUGUAGAAUAACUAUUAGCUGGGCUAGGGGACCUUGAAUCUUCGAGUGAUUGAGAAAUGCCGCAGGCAGUUCUAGACAAUCGGCACUAUAGCCGUGAUUCUAUUUUAUAAUUGUAAUUUAUGUAUUUUGUAAUGUAUUUUCAAGUCAAGCUCUCGUUUAAGUUAAACCCGGCUUUUAAAUCAUACUAUCGAAUAUUGUUUGAUGCUGGAAUGUAUAGUUACUUUAAUUUUGUGAAAAUGAUAUUUUUGUAUAUUUUUAUGCAAGUAAUUUAAGUUAUUUAGUUAUGUAAUUAGCCUUGUUGGAAGCUGGAAGGAGACGGCUCUCGCCGGGAGCGAAGGCCGCCCGCGGUCAUCGGUCCGCGGGCGCGCAGGCGCGCGGGCGCGGGCGUGCCGCGCUCUCUUAGGUUAUAGUGAUGAUUGUAAAGUCCUGUACUGAUAGUUGUAGUUCCGAGGUCUACCUUGCCGGAUGCACGUCACAAGCGUAGCUGCUCCUCAUUCCCCUGUGUAAUUAAUUUUAUAGGAAGCGUAGUUUCCUAUGACACCUCAGAUUUUUUACAUUUAGAGGUAACUAAAAAUUAUUGUAUAUGGCUGUACAAAAAUGAUUACAAAUGAUUUGUAAAACCUGUAUGUGAUGGAAUAAGGCGGAACGACAAGAGUGGUGAGGUAAAACUGAUCGCGGCUCCCGCCGUUCCGCUUUGUAGGUUGUACUAGAUAACAUUUAUAUGAUGAUCCAUCUAUUUAGACAUUAAUUAUAAUAAAGCAUUUCUGUAAUAAUAUUACAAAGUA